CACGUACACACACACAUACAGCAACUCUCCACAGGAAAAGCUAGAGACAGAAUGCGCAGCCCCUUCACAGCAGCUCUGGUGCGUCGUGCCGUCCAAAUGGGAUCCUGCUACACUUUGAUAGUUGGUUAAUUACUCAUAUGAUACCACACAGAUGUCUGGGGGGCUCUAGCCGAAUAUUCGUCUCACUAACUCACUGACUGACUGACUGACGGGAUCCUGGGGAAGGCAGACAUUUAAGGAGCGCUGUGCUAAAUUGCCACAAUCAGGCCCUUAUCGCCUCAUCUGGAAAUCAAAGAGCAAACUGCAUUCUGCAAUGGGCAUUACGACGCUGCAAUUGUUUUUGCUAAUGGCCGUCCUGGCCACUGUUGGAAUAUGCCACAUUAAUGGAACAGAGGAAGUCCUUCAAAACUUUACUACCUCCAAAAUCGAUGUGCAUAAAGGUCUCAAGCCCACACCCAAAAAAGCCCUGUUGGAUAACAAAGGGCCUCCACCCUGCAAGGACCCCACUUCCAUCAAGCAAUAUUUUAAGUAUAUUAACACAAUUAUUUCCUGUGCCGUGUUUGUGGUGGGAAUGGUGGGUAAUGCCACCUUGCUGAGGAUUAUUUACGAAAACAAGUGUAUGAGGAACGGACCCAAUGCCCUCAUCGCCAGCCUGGCUCUCGGAGACCUCAUCUACAUCACCAUAGACAUCCCUAUCAACGUCUACAAGCUACUGCUCACUAAAUGGCCAUUUGAUGACAGCUUUUUUGGACUCUUCCUGUGUAAACUGGUGCCUUUCCUCCAGAAAGCAUCUGUUGGGAUUACAGUACUCAAUCUGUGUGCUUUGAGUGUGGACAGGUACAGGGCUGUAGCAUCCUGGAGCAGAGUGCAGGGGGUCGGCAUUCCCCUCUUCACUGCCAUUGAGAUCUUCUCCAUAUGGGUCCUGUCCAUCUUCUUGGCCGUGCCGGAGGCAGUGGUCUUCAACAUGGUCACCUUUACCUACGACAACAAAACCAUUCACACUUGCAUGCUCAAGCCUGAAACUGACUUCAUGAUGUUCUAUGUAAAAUGGAAAGACUGGUGGUUAUUUGGCUUUUACUUCUGCGUUCCACUGGCCUGCACAGCUAUUUUCUACACCCUCAUGACAUGUGAAAUGCUCAACCGCAGAAAUGGCAGCCUUCGGAUCGCCCUCAGCGAACACCUUAAACAGCGACGUGAAGUGGCUAAAGCAGUCUUCUGUUUAGUGCUGAUCUUUGCUCUUUGCUGGUUCCCUCUUCAUCUCAGUAGACUGUUGAAGAAAACGGUUUACGUUCCAGAUGAUGAAAGACGUUGCGACCUAUUAAACUUUCUGUUGAUCAUGGAUUAUUUUGGCAUUAACUUGGCCACUGUGAACUCCUGCAUCAACCCCAUCAUCCUCUAUUUUGUGAGUAAGAAGUUCAAGAAUUGCUUUAAGUCAUGCUUGUGCUGUUGGUGUUACACCAAGAACCAGGUGUCCAGCUCAGGCCCAAUGAACGGCACUAGCAUUCAGUGCAAAAACCACGAGCCCGGCAACCUCAAUACCGACAGAAGCCUUCGCAAAUACAGCGACUGAACGGUUUAGGACCCACUCCAUUCAGUCUACCUGCUUAAAACGCAUUACUGAAGUGGACAUCGUCCCGUUUCAAACUUUGAGGUGGAAAACAUUGUAACCAUUCAUACGAAACUUAAAUUCCUGUGCUCUUUGCAGUAUCAGGCUGUUUUAUAUAUAUAGAAUCAGACCAGACAAUGGACCUGAUAUAUUUAAAGACCUACAGCAGCUGUUCCCAGACUUUCAGAGGGUUGUUUUGAAGCGAGCUGUGAGAGAAGUGCUGGGAGUGAAGACCAACAGGAUGCAGCUGAACCUAACAGCUACAAAUUAACCCUCAUCAGGAACUUGACAUGUUUUCCUUAUGUAAACUCUAAACUACGAACAUGCUCUGGAUCGUCACUGUCCGACGUGAAAGGAAGUUACAAAUAGGAAGAGUGUUUUCUGUGUUCCUUCCUACGAGCUUUGCCAAAGAAACUCCCAGCAUGCCGCUGAGGAGGCAGCCUACCCUUCAGAUUCAGUGUCCGGUCAUUAUUGUUAGCACAUUGAAUGCAGUUAUGGAAGUUUAAGCAAGGCCGGUUUGUAAAACAGGAACUUUCAGGUCACUACCUGCCUCGGUCUUUAUUUAGUCGUUAAGUGAAUCUUAAUGUGCGCUGGACGUCACCUCUGUUUAUUUAGUGGGUAGGGAGAUAUUGGAGAUACGCCUUUGUGUUUGAAUGCCAAAUUAAGUUUAUUGUGUAAAUGCUUGUUUAAGAAAUUCAAUUAAAAAUCAAAACAUGAACAUAAGACAAGAACUGUGAAACAAACCAGCUGGAUUCAGUUCCAGCAAGAAGGAGGCAAAUGAAACUUUGACCUUGCUGGGAUUUAAGAGUAAUUUCUAGGAAUGCAUCCAACCUCAACAAAUGCUGUGUUAUAGGGUAAAGAAAAAAAAAUAUGAGCAUAAGGGCGCGGGAAAAAGGGGCCUUUCUGUAAUCAAAACAAAAACGCCCAAACACAAACAUAUCUUUGCCUUUUUUCUUUUCUUUUUUUCUUUUUUGACACUGUGAAUUUUCUGUGAAGAGAACUCAUAUAUGCUAUUAACCUUGCAUACAUUGAUAUUAUUUAUAUUUAUUAGCCUCAGUAUUUGUAUAUCAUCUGUACUUUAAGUUGAAAUAUGUCUUGUUGUAGGCAAAACGUUUGGGGUCAGUAAGAUUUAUCAGGAAAUAAAGAUGCGUUAAACUGAUCAAAAGCAACAGUGAAGACAUUUAUAAUGUUACGAAACGUUUCUAUUUCAGAUAAAUGUUGAACUUUACAUGUCAUCUGAAAAUGUCAUUUUUAAACACGUUCAAAUAAAGAGCUACUCGAAAUUUUAAUGCCAAUUCACAAAAUGCUGCUUCUGCUAUAUUUUUGAUCAAACUAAUUCAGCUUUUUCUAAAAACAAACUCCAAAUAAAAUCUUACUGGCCCCAGAUUUUUUAAAAGUUGGUGUAUAUGUAAUUUUUCAAGAAAUCCAUUUUUCCUUCUUGAUGUAAUUUGAAACCAAUAUGAAUGAAAUUAUACACAUUCUGACGGAGACCUACGUGGGUCUUGUUCAUUUGGAGUGCUGGUGAACAUAAAAAAGAAAAUGUAAUUUUUGUAAUGGAAUUUGAUGUCACCGAUGUUACAUAUACGUGCUGGUUUUAAACACCAUCACUGAGUGAGGAAUGUUGCACAUUUAUAGUAUAUAUAUAUAUAUAUAUAAAUUUAAACGUAUUAUAGCACUAUAACAACCAAACAGCUCUGUUUACUCUAUAUGCUAUGCAGUGAAUAAACUAUAGACUAUUUUACAUAUCAUAAAACACUUUUUCUCAUAGAUUGUUAUAGCGUCAGUUCAUUUUUCUAGAUAAGCUGCUACUUAUUUUUAAGAGUAUUGGACCAGACUAUCGAUUCUACCACUUAAAGCAAUGUUAUCUUAUCUCUAAGUGUAAUGAGUUUUCAGUGUUAAAAGAAGAAAGGUGCCUUGUGACAGCUGUCUGCUUUUGGCCUGGGAAGAAGCUCCAGUUUAGGAGUGAUUUGAGAUGUACUUUGACCCACCAGGCAACACGGCCCCUUUGGGUCAUCUGUGUCAUCCCAGAGGAUGUGAACGGGGCAUACUCGAGGAUUAGAUGUAAACUGUGGAGCUAUUACCAUCAUCUGUCUGCAGUGUCAGUUUGGAAAGUGUUUAUUUAGACAGAAGUACUCUAUCAGUCUGAUAACGGUUUGGACAAAUAAAUGUGUUUUUUAUUUGCUUGUGUGCAUUUUUCAAAGUAAAUAAAGAAGUGUAUGGA